CCCUGAGCACUGAGCAGCAUUUAUCCCAGCUCCACUCUACCAUGAGCAGCCUCGACCCCAGCCGCUGGACCCUGGUCCUGGUUCUCCUGCUGCAGCUUCAGUCUGUGAGGGUGCAGCAAUUCGAUGUGGCCCAGAGGCUGCAAUGGCUCAACGGACAGUUUCAACAGUUCCAGGCAUUGACAAAUACCCGUUUGGACACGUUGGCCGUGAACCAGAAGAGGAACUAUGCUCAAAGGGUGGAUAAUGUUCAGGGCCUAACUUUCCAAUACAACCAAUUGUCACAGGACCUCAUGCAGCUGGAGCAGAGCACAGCACAGGAGAUACUGGGUCUCAGGAGGUGGAGCACCAAGCUUGAGGAGAAGAGCAAUCAGAUAGAGGCUCGUAUGGUUUUGUUGGAGAGGCACCUGAGGGAGACUCGCCGACUGACCCAGGAAAAGAAGCCUGAUCUUGGUCAGGAUUUGCCCAGCCUUACCCUGGAGCUUCAGAGCCAUGAGGGCCGGCUGGCUGCUGUCCAAGCCCAGCACGAUGAGCUGCUGUUGGGGCUGAAAGGGUUGAAGGAAUCCCUGAAUAUCCAGGCGCUGCGUUUGACCCAAGUGGAGGGAGGAGGAAACGUGUCUCGCUCAGAUUCACUGUAGCAGGGGCAAAGCUGUUUGUUGUAUGACAGACGACAGAUGCGGCAUCUGUAUGUAUUUUAUUAUAUAUAAACUGUAUAUGAAUAAACUUUAAUGUCA